CCAUGGCUGAACAAGCACCAGAGUUUGAUAAGCUCCUCACUGGUGACCCAUACUUGAGGCUGCAUCAAGAUGACCUGAUCUAUAGAUGGAAGAAGUUCCAGGAGAUGCUCAAAUCACUGGAGGACAGUGAGGGAGGUCUAGAGAAGUUCUCUCUCUCCUACCAACACUGUGGCAUUGUGCAGAAGGACAACGGAGACGUUGAGGUGUGUGAGUGGGCUCCUAAUGCAGUGUCUGUGGCGGUGGUGGGGGACUUCAAUGGUUGGAAUGAAACCUCUCACAUGUGUGCACCCACUGCAUUCUGUAAGUUCCAACUCAGCAUUCCAGCACUAUCAGGAGGGAAAUCCCCUAUCCCCCAUGGGUCAAAGGUCAAGCUGCUCCUCAAGACACAUGAUGGACAGACGUUAUGGCGAAUGUCUCCCUGGACUAAGUACGCCACACAAGAUCAAUCAGUUAGCAUGGACUUCCAACCCAUCCACUGGGCUCCUCCGAACGGUGGUUACCAAUGGCAACACCCCACCCCCCCUCGGCCCAAGAGCGUGCGUAUAUACGAGGGUCAUGUUGGCAUCUCAUCUCCAGAAGCUAAAGUUGCCUCCUAUACUUACUUUGCUGACAAUAUCCUUCCUCGUGUCAAGGACCUUGGUUAUAACUGCGUGGAGCUCAUGGCGAUAAUGGAGCAUGCUUACUAUGGCAGCUUUGGUUACCAUGUCACUAGUUUCUUUGCCGUGUCCAGUCGCUAUGGCACGCCUGAUGAGUUCAAGUACCUAGUGGACAAGGCCCAUGGUCUGGGCCUCAGGGUGAUACUGGACGUGGUGCACUCACAUGCUGCCAAGAAUGUCAACGAUGGUCUCAACAGGUUCGAUGGUACUGAUCAUGGCUUCUUCCACAGCGGAGGAAAAGGUGACCAUAGUCUCUGGGAUUCUCGUAUCUUCGACUACACACAGUGGGAGACUCUUCGUUUCCUUUUGUCCAACCUCCGCUGGUAUUUGGACGAGUAUCGAGUUGAUGGGUUCCGCUAUGAUGGAGUCACCUCCAUGCUCUAUUCUCAUAGGGGCAUAGCCACUGGCUUCUCUGGAGGAUAUCACGAGUACUUCAACAUUGGUGUGGACGUGGAUGCGCUAGUCUACCUGAUGAUGGCCAACCACCUCCUCCACACACUGCGCCCUGACACUAUCACUAUAGCUGAGGAUGUGUCUGGCAUGCCCACGCUCUGUCGUCCUAUCAGAGAAGGGGGCAUUGGAUUUGAUUAUCGUAUGGCCAUGGCCGGGCCUGACUUGUGGAUCAAACUGUUGAAGGAGGUCAAAGAUGAGGACUGGAGUUUGGAGAACAUAUGGUGGGCCCUCACCAACAGAAGAGAGCAUGAACCUUGUAUAGCGUACACUGAGUGUCAUGACCAAGCUCUAGUGGGGGACAAGACUCUGGCCUUCUGGUUAAUGGAUGCUGAGAUGUACACAAACAUGUCCACUCUGUCUCCACGCACUCUGCUCAUAGACAGAGGACUAGCCCUGCACAAGAUGAUAAGACUCAUCACUAUGGGCCUGGGGGGAGAGGCCUACCUCAACUUCAUAGGGAAUGAGUUUGGUCAUCCUGAAUGGUUGGACUUCCCACGAGAAGGCAAUGGCUUCAGUUUCCACUACGCCAGACGUCAGAUGAACCUUGCAGACGAUAAGCUCCUCAGGUACAAGUUCUUGUACGGGUUUGACAAGGCAAUGCAAUCACUGGAUGAGGAGUUUUCCUUCAUGAUCAAUGGCCGUGCCCACGUGAGCAGGAAGCACGAGGGAGACAAGCUGUUUGUGUUUGAGAGAGGAUCCCUCCUCUGGAUAUUCAACUUCCACCCCACUAAGAGCUACACUGACUACAAGGUUGGGGUUAACGAGGCUGGCAAGUAUCGUGUUGCCUUGGAUACGGACAGUGUGGUGUUUGAUGGUCAUGGAAGAGUGGACCCGGGGUCAGAGUUCAUUACGACCCCUGGGGACUGGGAUGGGCGGAGUCACUCCCUCAUGGUCUACACACCCUCACGUAGUGCAUUAGUCUUAGCCAGGACUCUAUAGAACACUGUCAGUGUGUAGCCUCUCUCUGUGGGUGCUGCUUUUGAUUUUUGUGUGAUAUUGUUUGUACUGGAAUAUGAAUGUUGAUCUAUGAA